GUGCCUGGUAGCCGGGAGACACACAGUGCCGUGUCGCUGUGUUGUGUCGUACCGUGUCGCGUGUCGCGUGUGUCGUGUGUCGUGUGUUACAGUGACUGAGACACCUACCCACCCACCCCUCUGAUAAGGGAACAUGUUAAGGGAUAAGCCCUCAUACCGCAGAGGGUUACUAACAGAAUGACGGGCUGGCUGAGGGCCGAUGGAGGACCCACACUGUAUAACUACCCCAACCGGACCCCGGUCACAGGGGAUAUACAAGCUAUCAUCGUUUACCUCAUCUUCGCCACUCUCUUCAUCGCUUUCCUGCUCAUCUUCCCUGGCAUCAGGAAGGAGAGGUUCACAACUUUCGUCACGGUCACUCUCAGCCUGUUCGUGGGAAAUGCCAUUAUGGUGACUCGACUAGAGAGCGGGUGGCACGUGGCGAAGACCGAGAUAGUCAGCACUUACCGAGCAUUCUCACGAGAACUGAUUCACGCUGAGUUGGGAGCCUUCAUUGGACUUGGACACGUCAACAUUACCCUGAAAGCGCUGUCGCAAGAGAACAACAGUGAAGACAUAGACUUCAACGAGCGGUUCUCCUGGUUGGGCUCCACGGAGAUGGGCGAGAGCUACCGGGAGGCGCUGGUGAGAGGGGUGCCUUUCCCGAUCAUGAAGGUGGCCGAGUACUUCAGCCUGGGAGAGGAGGGCUUCACGUGGGGUGGCCAAUACCGAGCCGCGGGAUACUACGGCAGCAUCUUCCUUUGGGCUGCCUUCGCCUCCUGGCUGCUGAUGAACCUGCUGCUGGUCGUCGUGCCUCGCUACGGCGCCUACAUGAUGACGCUGACCGGCGCGCUCAUGUUGGGAGCCGCCCUCGCUUACCACUGUCUCCUGCCCUCCACUCCGCUCAGGGUCCGCUUCGAAAACGAGCAAGAACUAGUUUUCCGCCUCGGCUGGUGUUUCUACCUGGUCAUACUAGCUGGCGCGCUGUGUCUGGUGGUGGGGCUCUGCAUCGUGGCCGUGGACCUUGCGUACCCCCACCGCUUCUCCACCGUGCUGGAGGUGGACUACGACACCCCCUACGACCGCCACGUCAUUAUCGAGGAGAGCCACACCAAGACCAAAAACUGGAAGAAGAGAUUAGAGGAGCCGCCUGGUCUCGGUAGGAGGAUACUCAGACGUCUCUCCUCCAAGAAGGAGGAUAGCGACAGGAGUAUCCGAGGUCUGGAGAACCGAGGUUUUGAGAUGGAUCCACCCAAGUCGCCCUGGCGCUACCCUCUUCACAGGCCUGCACUCCAGUCGGCGUUCAAGCGAAGUCUGUCGCAAGAGUCUGCUAGCAGCGGGUCCAGCCUCGCUGUCAGCUUCCUCAACAACGGUGACCAUGCCCCUGUCGUCCACACCGACCCGUCCUUCAGGAGACCCCUCUCGGAGCACAAGCCUCCAGCGAGAGAAGCCUCCAUGUGGUGACGACCGACUCCUGUCCAACGUCCGUCCAACGACCAGUCAACUUCGACCCAACGACAUACUGCGGCCAUUCCUCUCACAUGUGACUCUUAGGUUAAGUUAUCGUGUUGUCUCUCAUGCUAUAACCUUUGUUUACUCAUUAUUUUG